AUGCCAACGCCAGAUCCAGAAGAUGGGCAAGGAACCCUUGGUCAACCUGGCCAGCCAAGCAGUUUGACAGGAGCAACUUCCGUGGUGGCUGCUUCAGCCGCUGCUGGGGCGCCGGAGGGGAGUGGUUUUCUGAGAGAUAGGGAUCCACCCCCGUCGUAUAGUGGGGAAGAGCCAGAAACUUCCUUUGCAGUUUUUGAGAAAAACAUCAAACUAUGGGAGUUUGAGACAGAUGUGGCCCCGGCAAAACGGGGAGUGAAGUUGCUUAGAGCCUUGUCGGGCAAUGCUAGGAUGGCGGUUGAAGAAAUGAGUUUUGAAGAGAUAGCAUGUGAAAAAGGGGUUGCCAACAUAAUGCAGAGGCUCCAAGAGUACUUUCUGCCACACCUUGAAGUUGCACUCCCUAGGGCUUUUGAAGCUGCUGUCUAUGGGACGCCCAGGCAAAAAGGGGAAGGUUUUAGUGAGUACCUUGCCAGGGCUGACAAAUGCUUUUGCCGGUUGAAAAAGGAGGGUGUGGACCUCCCGGAUGGAGCCCAAGGCUACAUCCUGUUUAGACAGGCAGCACUCACCGAGAGCCAAGAGCAAAGAUUCUUGGUUUGGGCAGAUGGCAAGUAUGAUCGUCAAACGGUCAUCAGAACUCUCCGAAAAUUGGACAAGGUCGUCAGGGAGAAGGGCAAAGGCAACUUCCUGGCUGAAGCGGAGACUGAGUACCACGAGGCCUUCCACGUUGAAGACCCCUAUGGCAUGAUAGCAGAUGAAGAUGACGAUGAAUACAUCUAUCUCCAAGAAGGAGAUUUGGACCAAAUCCUUGAGGAGGAAGACGUUUUGCAGGCUUUAGCCAGUUACCAAGAGAUCCGACGUGCUGUCAAGGAUCAGCAGAAAGGUCGUGGUCACUACAAAGGCUUCCCCGAUGGCAAGGGUUUUGGCAAGAACCAGGGCAAAGGCAAAUGGAAGAGAGUUCACCAGGAGCAGGUCAAGCUUCGAACCCGUUGUUGGCGAUGCGAUCAGAUUGGACACUUGAGCCGUGAAUGCAGAAAUGAGCCCAAGAACCGCGCCGGACAGUCAGCGCAGAGCGGAACCACUUCGUCGGCAUCAACCUCCAAGUCUGGUUUCUUUGUAGCAGCUGAGGCCAGUGACUCUCAAAGUGGAAGGUCACAUUUUUGGCUUCGUCAGUUUGUAGAAAGCAGGGCAAAGACCAAUGUGGCUGAGCGCAACGAGUCAUACAAGGCGGACGCUGUUCCCUUUUGCGGCAUUUCAACUAGUCCAGAGCAUGGAGUAGUAGACACUGCAGCAGAGGGAGGACUAGUUGGAUCCACCACACUAGAAAAGAUUCAGAGAAAGUUGAAGGAGUUUGGUUUGCAGUGCAAGUGGAUUCCAAAGAAAUCAGCAGCGAAAGGAGUUGGAGGUCAAGCCAAAGUUUUAGGAGUUGUACUUUUACCACUAGGGCUUGGGGGAGUCAAUGGACUAUUAGAAGCCACGGUGGUUGAAGGAGAUGUUCCUUUGCUUCUUCCAAUCCGCAUGAUGACAGCCUUGAAGACAGUCAUAGACUUGCAUGACAUGAAACUCCACAUGAAAGAGUACGGCAUCACCAUACCCAUGUUUGCACUUCCAAGCGGUCACGUCACUGUAGAGAUCAUGGGCUUUGAGAACGGCAGGAAAAGAACCAUAGAAAUUCGAGCCCUACGUUCAGCACUUCCAGCCUUGGCGCCACUCAUGUCGGCGCUGCUGGAGCGAGUGAAGAAGAUUGGGGCGAGUCUGGCUCCCGAUGCGAGGCCAGCCAGCGCGAUGGAGGAAUCUCCGCCAUCGCAUCAUCCACAAAGAGCCGUCAGAGGCUGGAGGGUGAUCCUCGACAAGCUCAUCACCAUUUUGGCCUUUUCAAGUCUUCAAGAGGCAGUGGAAGAAUGGUUUCCUCAAUCACUGCCCUCGCCUGUCUGCUCUUCGGUGCAGCAGGAAGAGAAGUUGGAGGAUGUGUAUGCGGAACUGAUCAUUGGGGCGAAGGUGUUGCCCCCUCUCAAGACCAAGACGGAACCAAGGCAGGCAGCAAGUUCAUGUGUGCACCCCAAGAAGAGCCUGCGUGGAGGUGGCAACAAGACACAGUCUUACAUAGCAUGCAUGGAAUGCAACACCCGCUGGGAAAACACAUAUCCAGCGGUCCAGCUCAAGAAGGAUCUGAAGGAGAACAACCGCAAACAGAAGGGCCUCUUGGGUCAAGCAACCGAAACAGACGAAGCCAUGGAGGAGGUAGCAAUGACCCACACCGAGGAUGGCAAGGUGGUAGAUCUAUGCAGGCAGCUGAAGGAAGAGAAGCAAAGGUCCAGCAGGCUGCGAGAGGAGUUCAACAAGGAGUUGGAAGCACAGAGGAUUGCCACCCGAGAGAUGGAGAUCAAGAUGGAAGCACGCAUCAAUGCAGUGAUGGCAGAGACAGAGGAGAGAUUGAGGAUGAGCACAGCAUCAGCAUCACAGAACAUAUACCCAGCACCCCGGGAGAGCACUCUUGGGAGCAUGCCGAACCAACUACCAACACGACCAAUGAGCACACCUCUAUGCAGAUGCCAGCAGGCGUCAGAGAGGUUGGUGGUCAAGAAGGAAGGACCAAGGAAGGGUCGAACCUUCUUCAAAUGCAUGCAGAGGGCAUGCGACUUCUUCGAGUGGGCACCACUGGAGAACGGGACGAUACCCGACAGCUGGAGUGUCGUCGGCUCCGAGAUGGCAGCAUCGAGCCAACCAACACACACCGCCAACAGCAGGCCAGCACAGGUACCAGCCAGCCAGGCAAGCAGGAGGAGGUCCAAGAGCCCACGAAGGAAGUUCGAGGAGACGGCAGGACAGGAGGUUCAGAGCAUCUCCGAUUGA